UGUGAGAAAAUCUAAUUUCCAUCGUAUAGUAGUGCGUUGUUUACUAACAGGCAACAGGUCUGUAUAUAUAAGGCGGGCCCCAGCGACUUAGUCAGACGAUAUUUAAACUCAAGCUAGACACAUCCAGCGAUCGCGUUAGUCGAAAAUAAUAAUGAUCUCUAAAACAGUGUACGCUUUUGCUGUGCUAAGCGUGUUAGUGCCGAUGUUGGCAGCUAAUCCUCUCCAGACGAGGUCUACGUUGCCAGUGGAAGUAAGCAUCAUCGCGCUGGAGGAAGCCUGCGUGAGACAAGGUGGCAUAUGUGUUCAUAUUAAGGACUGCCUGCCCGGGAACAGGAUGCAAAUGAAAAGCUCGCUGUGCCCCUUGCAAAGGCAUCUCGGAGUCGAAUGCUGUUAUUUUGAUUAACGUCGAUGGAUAAACGUGAAAGUCCGCCUUAAUGAAAUAAAAACUAUUUAAGAAAUUUAACUUAAUUUAAUUUUAAGAAUUAGACUAUAUUGAAAAAAUAGUUAUUUAUAAAUAAAACACUGAAUACUUAAGUUUUAUAAAAUGUUACGUUUCCUAUUUCUAAACGUUUUAUAUUAAAAAAAAAGAUAUCUAUGUAUGUAUGUUAUUAGACAAAUCAGUACUUAAUUUGCAGUCUUUCUUAGUGACCUCAUACUAUAAAUUAUGUACAUAUGUAUUUAGAAUAUGUUUAUUUAAUUUUACAAUAAAAAAUAACAUUAGAAAUAUCAAUAGCAUUACCUGCAUAUCAAUGUAGCUAUUGGUAUAAAAUUUCAUAAAAA